AUGGUGAAAAUUUUACGUAGAAUUUCGGUUAAAUUGGCGAAAGUGUUAAAGAAAGGAGAUAAAAUUGUUAGUGAUUCCCAAGAGAGAGCGUACUGGCGUAUACAUCGACCUCCACCUGGAAUGGUGAGUUCCUUGGAGCAAUGCCCCGUGCCCAAUAGAUGUAGGAAUGGAUCGAGAGUGCGAAAAAGGACCAUUGAGGAUUGCAAAAGAGAGGUUGAGUUGCUCAAGAAUAGUUUACUAAGGACGCGAGUGAAAGUAUCGCAAGCCCUAGAGAGUAUGAUGCAACACGUUGAGACAUAUGCUGAAUACGAUCCUUUGAUUGUAAACACGCAACCCUCGAAUCCUUGGGUGAGCGAAGAUCUAACGUACUGGCAACUCAACAGUCCUUUAGUUGAAAUACCAACGGAAAAGCGUGUUAGAAGGUGGGGUUUAUCAAUGGAGGAAUUAGUAUCGGAUCCAACAGGUAUCCAGGAGUUCACGAAUUAUCUUAGAAAGGAAUACAGUCACGAAAACAUACGGUUUUGGAUGGCGGUCAAUGAUCUGCGCCGUUCCUCUCAGUCUCAAAUACAACGAAAAGUUAGCGAAAUUUUUGAUGAGUUUUUGGCACCUGGCGCUCCUUGCGAAAUUAAUAUCGACGGAAAAACAAUGGAGAAGGUACACCAGGAGAUGAAAUCUCCCAGUAGAUUUACGUUUGAUGCGGCUCAAGAACACGUUUACACUUUAUUAUUGAAGAAAGAUUGUUAUCCGAGGUUUAUUAGAUCGGAGUAUUAUAAAAGCCUUCUUGCUUCUGGUAUUCAACCUUCUCAAAAGAAACGGUUUUUCGGGUUUGGUCCGACGAAAAAGAAAGCAUCGACCAGUAGCGCACCAAAUCCUUCUCUCCUGCAACAGCAAGCACCUCCAACUACCAUCGUCGGCUGUGGCGCUCUUUCAAAACGCAGGGGAAGCGAUCGAAGCUUGUCGGGAUCGGCACACGAAUUGGCUAUUUCCGGCGUAAGGGACACGCGCGUGCCGCACUCGCACUCUCAAAGUAAUCUCAGCGAUAUUCCAUACAGGGGUGACCUACCAAGCCAGUCUAAGGGCUCGAGCGCACCACUACCAAGUCCGGCGGAAGUUAACGACGAAUACGGAGGAACCGAUCCGGAAUCUUCGUGUAGGAUUAAGAAGCCGCCGAGUGUAGCGGUCGUGGCGAGCGUUUCGACGUCGGAAGACGUGUGCCCUUGGGAAGUGACACCGGAACCACAUUCUAGAAAGAAUUCGUCGCAAAUGGAUUCGUGUAGUUCCUCAUCGGAUAUAAGUGCGGUCGUAACUGAGGUGUCCGAUCGAUUCCGACGCACGUGUGGAAUUACUCAGCAGAGUACAUUGGAUGGUGGCCAGUCAAGUAGAAAGCUGUCGACAGUUUCUUUCGUAGAACAACGUCGUGCAUCCGUUUCGGUGCCAAUAAGGCAUUCCGACAUCAGGCCUUCGGUGUCUUCCUUUGAGGAGAGCAGCCCUGCGGUUUUUGCCGCGCCAGUCUCCCUUGCAGUUGCUAGUGAUACGGACAAUAAAACCGAGGAAUUUACUUCCACUAAAACUUUCAAAAAGAGUUGUAGUCUUACGAAAACUUGCUCCGUUACCGGCGCGAACGCUCCCAUUAUAAGUGUAAGUUCAGUGACAGACGAUACAGUGGCAGAUUCGAUUGAGCACAAAGAAGACGACGAGGCAGAGUCAAGUCUCAGUCUCCCGUUGGCUCCUCUUGCCGAACCGGACGCCGAAUCGGCAAGUAGCGAUACACCGUUGGAAACCGAAUCCCGUCCAGAACCCGAGGCAAAGAGUAACGAUGUGUGCCCGUGGGAAGACGAGGAGACAUGCAAAGUGGACGCUCCUUUUGUCAAGACAUAUGCAACUCUUGGUUAUCUUUAAUACAUCCUGCUACCGCAUUCCUCACUUCAGUUAUUUGCUCACUACUAUAAUCGAUCGACUUUUGAAGUUCGACCAAGUUUUUGGCGGCGGGUACGUUUCCGAUGCUACACGAAAUUCAAAAUUAGAAUUUUGUCGCGGCGGCCCCGGGCGCAAAUGCGACCUGCAUGUUACAUGCGCGGAAAGGAUGAGCAAUCGUCGAGACUAGAUCGAAUAUCGGGAGCUUACUUGUGAGCCCUUUAAGUUUAUCCGAUGUCGAUUUCUUUCGCAAUUGUUUCUCCUCGACGACUUGUAAACUAUGCACAGUCGUAUAUAGUCAGAAUUUACACUGGGGUUACAAAAUUUAAAUGUUUUCUAUCUAUAUACACACGCAUUCAAUAUUGUCGAUAUAAUGAAUGUUAGCUUAGAACUUAAGAUCAAUUUAAUUGAAAAAAAUUCGUGGAAGGAUUAGUAUGCGGUGCAGCUUCUAAUCUUUUACUAAAAAAAAGUUGAUGUAUUUGCAUGUUAUGUCAUAUAAAUAUUAGUCGGUAAUACAGCUUCAAUAUUCUAUUGCACGUAUAACUAGCACACGCACAGUGUUUACGUAAUGUUUAUGUAACGUGGUGUUUUCGUGUAUAUCCAAGUAAUUUUAAUUAUACUUGUGGUAGAUAUCUUAAACAGUAGUUGAAUAUCAUACCCAUCUAAGUGUAAUUCUGACCAUCGCCAUCUAUUUGAAAGGGUCUCUUGCGACUUUCUGUUCGAAAACUGUACUAAUAUAUUGCAAACUUAAAACGCGUCAUCGGAAAGGCAAUCGCGCGCCAAAUUCUUGAAGAAACUACAGUACAAAUAGCUCAUUAAUAUCAAAAUAGCGUCAAAGAAAAUGUCGAAUGCAGGAAUUUCUAUAAUAUGCUAGUCUUUACAUACCUACCUAUUUAUUAUACACAAUCAAAUUGUUGUAAAUAAUUUGCCACCAGAUCGCCCGAUUUUCUAGCAAAUUAGAUAUCGCAAUAUGAAUCGAUCAAUGUAAAUUUCAAUUCGAGCAUAUGUGGAGUGUCUAAAAAAAUUGUUGUUCGUUGCAUGUUUUUUUAAAUGGUACGUAUUUGCCGAUGAUACAAUAAUUCAAAAUAAGAUGAAAUCGGGCUGCCAAAUAUGCAGUAAUCAUUGUACUUAUUUAUUGCUAGUAAGAUCACAAAACUGUUCUUGUUUGGAAUACUUUUUCGCAAACGUGCGUUUAUGAUAUCAGUUAAGG